AUGUCUACAAAGUGUGUAAAAUGCAUAGUUGUAAAAACAAAAAACGGCGUAAACCAAACUGUUAAAUGUUAUCAUUGUGAAUAUUUAUUUCACGCUAAAUGUGUUAAUUUUGAUGAAGAAAUAGUGUCGAUACUGAACAGUGAAAAUAGCAUUAAAUGGUUUUGUGAAAAAUGUCUGAAAGCCCAAGAUAAUACAAAGGAAAUGGUAAAGUCGGUUGUAAACAAUUUUCAUGAGAAAAUUGAAGAAAUAAACAUUGCGGUUCAGACUCAGUUAGAAACAAUUAAAACCAUGAUCACUAAAAAUGAUGAUAAUUUGACUGUGUUGGAAAAACAGGAUAUAAAAAUGGUCGAUGAGAUUUGCAACCUCAAAAGUUACUUGAAAGCUUCAUGGGCGAACAUCGUUGAGAAAAACAUUACGAAAAAUGUAGAGAUUAUAAAUAAUCAGGUCAAAAACGUCCAAAGGACCUUAAACGAAGCCAGUGAAAUAAAAGGAAGAGAAAGGAAUCUAGUGAUUUUCAACUUGCCAGAGAAAGAAAAUCAAAACGAUCGUGAACUUGUGAUGAAGAUAUUUAAGCACAUUUCAAAAGACAUGUCAGAUAAUGGUAUUGAGAAGGUCUUUAGAUUGGGUAAAAAGAAUGAAUCGGUGAUUCGUCCGGUCUUGAUAAAGUUAGAUAGUCUAGGUACGAAGGGGGAUCUUUUAAAGCAUGCUUCUAAAAUUAGGUCAUUGGAAGAUAACUUAAAAAACAUCAGAUUGUGUAAUGAUUUGACGCGCGAGCAAAGGAGUGAACUGAAGAAUUUGGUGACUGAUGCUAAAGCGAAAGAGGCGGCAUGUCAACAAGGUUCAUCAAACGGCUUUGUCAAUAGAUUGCUGAGCUUUGAUGACAAUUUCAAUGAUGGUAAAAUAUGCCUAAGACUAUUAAAUAUCAGAUCAAUUGUAUCCAAAUCAAGUGAUGUGUAUGAACUCCUGGUUGAUGGACUAAAUGUGUUAGUGUUAACAGAAACAUGGCAUGGACAUCAAAAUGAUAUUUCUGUAAAAUCGGCAAUGCCUGACGGGUACAGUUAUGUUGACUAUGUCAGAAAACAUGAUCCAUAUCAUGGGGGAUUGAUAAUCUAUUUUAAAACAGGGUUCAGAUACACACGAUUUGAUUUACCAUCUUUAGCUACGUUUGAGGCAAUAGCAACAAGAAUAACAUAUGGUAAACAUGAAUUUGGUUUGUUGGCUAUAUAUAGACCUGGAUCAAUGCCUAUCACAACUGCUUUCUUUAGGGAACUUAGAUGUAUUUUGGAAAAUAUGUCCUUGCUGGUUUCAGAUCUUGUCUUGGUAGGUGAUUUCAAUGUUCGUGUCGAUAGAGAAGAAUGUCCGCAUACCAGAUCAUUGUUGAAGUUAUUUGAUGAUUUUUGUUUAAAGAAUUGGAUCGACCAACCCACUCAUAACUUAGGUGGAACACUGGAUUUGAUUGUUUCCAGUAGUGGUUUGUGUAUUUCUGAUGUAAUGGUUUAUCCAAGUGGAAUAUAUUCUGACCACGGGCUGGUUAAAGCUUGUUUGCCUUUUAAACGGAAACGAAUCAGUAAAUGCUACAGGGUGAUCAGAUCGUGGAAACAUAUUGAUGAAAAAAAAUUUAUCUCGCUGAUCAUUGGUUCACCGAUUGGUAAAGCAUGUUCAGAAGAUGUCAUUAUCUACAUGUAUGCAUAUAGUACUAUUUCGACUACCUAG